UACUGCUUAAGUUGGUCUGAGUUCUUACCGGCGCAUGAAAAAAAAACCGGCUACUGAGUCAAGUGCUGAAUAGCGGAGCAAACGAGGAAAGAAGCGGCGGAAGUUCUUGAUUUUUCAAAAUAAAAUACCAUGCUAACGUACGUUUUGAAAAAUUAAAAUUUUAAAUUGUUAUAUUCUUUCUCUGUCUCCCCAUACUAAAUAAUCAAUGGUCUAGCAGUGGUUGAGGGCCCCUUUUAAGAUUUUAAAAUGGAAAAAAAUCGUUUUAAUAGAUUGUUUCCUUUGUAAACUAUUAAAAAAUAGUAGCUGUUUAGCUUCAAGUACAAACAAAGAUGUGCAUCAGACCAUACAAACACUAAAGUUAACUAAGGUCAAACUUCAGUCCAUGUUCCACUGAGCAAUUGACAGAUUGUGUUGUGUAGUCAGAGAAUAAUCCUCUCAAGCACACAGGGAGCGAUGGGGAGGCAGGAUAAUACCACCAGCACAGAGACUUGCAGACCCUGUUUGGCCUCAGUGCUGUUGCCAUGGCAGUUAAUCAACUGUCAUCCCGGAGAUUGGCUGCUGUGUGACAAAACAUCUUACACUUUGACUCAUCCAUUCACUGGAUUAAGUUAGAGAAUUCAUAAACUAGCUCUCCCUGCUUUCAUCUGAACAGUACCACACAUUAGUCGUGGCAGCUCUGUCUCUUUGACUAACUACACGUCGGUGAGAGCAGCAGCAGAGGGAUCACGUAGCCAGCAGCUUUAUCUCACAGAGUUAUUACCGUCCCUGUCUAUUAAUACACCCAAAGGCUGCACUAAUGGUCGAUGCUGCUCAGUAGUUUCUCACAGAAUGUUGUCAGGAUUUAAAAUGCUUUCCCGCACCAGAUUCCACAUAAGCAUGAUACAAAAAUUCUGUUAGUUCCACAUGUGAGUCGGCCUACAUUGAAAAUAUACUUGGGACGGUUGUUAUGUUUUGAAAAGGUGUCAGAUUUUAACAACUUAAACAUUUGUUACGAUAUAAAAAUUUGAUUGAUGAUUGGAACUUUGCAAUUGGUUUUGAUCAAGCUUCAUCUUGUUUUUUUUUCUUUUUUCCAAACUGAAGGAACAUUAGAACAUUAGGAUAAAGUGUUAAGACUCAAAAGAAUGUGUAGAGAAAAAAAAUCUGUAAUUUUAAGAACAAAUAUCUUAAUUUUGGGUUUGAACUUUUUGACUAUCUAGAAUCUAUCCAUCAUCCACCCAUCCAUCUUCUGUUCUACAUAUAAGCUCUUAAAUACUCCUUCUUAAUACGUCUUUACAUGUGUAUCUCCACCAGACUGGCAGCCAUGCUGACCAGAUUCAUGGACGGCUUCAUGUGCUGCCUGACCUCAAAGUCUGCCAACGUUGUUUGUCCUGUAGAAACAUCUGAACUUGUUGAUGGCUAUGAGUUUGUUGAGGUGAAACCAGGCCGUGUCCUGAGGGUUCGACAUGUCAUCCCCGACCGGCCCGUGUUGGAGGAACCCAAUGCACAGGGGGGAAAUGUCAGCUGUAAAAGAAAGAUCACAGUGUAUCGCAACGGACAGAUGUACAUUGAGAACCUGAGCGGUCAAGAGGGCACAGAGCUGAAGAACUGUGCCAAAGCAAAGAAAGACUCCAACAGCACAGUGGAGGUUGAACUUACAGACGGCACAAACUCCUCACCAUCUGUCAACCUCUCCAAGACCCGGUCUGACUCCAACACAGCUGGGAACAAUGGGGCAGCUGAAGCAGGGGCAGGAGGUGGAGGGGGAGCUGCGCCACCUGCUGCUGGACAGACUGACCAGAACCAGCAGCUGAGGAGGCGUAGACGGAAGCCCAAGAGGAUUGUAGUGAUUGACUGUGAGAGGAAGAUAUCGGCCUGUAAGGGGACACAUGCAGAUGUGGCUCUGUUUUUCAUCCACGGAGUCGGAGGCUCACUGGACAUCUGGGGCAGCCAGUUGGACUUCUUUUCUCAGCUGGGCUACGAGGUGAUCGCCCCAGACCUGGCAGGUCACGGAGGCAGCUCAGCACCAAAGAUAGCUGCAGCGUACACUUUCUAUGCACUGGCUGAGGAUAUACGGCUGAUCUUUAAGAGAUAUGCACGCAAGAGGAAUAUCCUCAUCGGUCACUCUUACGGCGUGUCCUUCUGUACGUUCCUGGCUCAUGAGUAUCCAGACCAGAUUCAUAAAAUGGUGAUGAUCAACGGAGGCGGUCCCACAGCUCUGGAGCCCAGCCUCUGCUCCAUCUUCAACCUGCCCACCUCUGUCCUUCACUGUCUUUCUCCGCUGCUAGCCUGGAGCUUUCUCAAGGCUGGCUUUGCUCGACAGGGUGCCAAAGAGAAGCGGCUGCUCAGGGAGAACAAUGCCUUCAACGUGUCAUCCUUCGUGCUGCGUGCCAUGAUGAGCGGACAGUACUGGCCUGAGGGGGACGAGGUCUACCACGCUGAGCUCACCGUGCCCAUUCUGCUGGUUCACGGAAUUCAUGACAAGUUUGUGCCUGUGGAGGAAGAUCAGCGUAUGGCAGAGAUACUUCCUCUGGGCUUCCUGAAGUUGCUGCAGGACGGCAGUCACAUGGUGAUGAUGGAGUGUCCUGAGGCUGUGAACACACUUCUGCAUGAGUUCUUACUCUGGGAGCCUGCCACCACGUCCCUGGCGACAGAGUCUAAAAAGCGUCCAGAGACUGCCAAAGCUCAGUGUGACAACGCCAAGGCAUUGUCUGAGUUGGUCCGGGCCAGACCUGCAACUGCCAGACAGAGUCCAAACAACGCAGAGAAGACGCCAGACGGCAAGGCCAGAAAAUGAGUGAAGAUCAAAGCUGACUCUGAUCAAACCUGAAACAUCCAGUCAUUGUUAUUCUGCUGUUAACCAUUCACUCUGCGAGUUCCAGUAAAUGUCUAUGUAGGUCCUCAGUCUUCCAGGUCGUUUCAUCAGAGUUCCAGGAAAAUAAGAUGUUUCAACUUUUAAAACUGGUGAUGAGCCCAAACAGUAAACUAACCCAAAAAAACGGUCAAGCCUACGUCCUGCAGUUUGACGGAGACUGCUGAAGGUCACGUGUCCCUGCUCACACCUCCCUGUCUUACAUACAGUAGCUGAUAUGGUUGUGCCUUAACCACAAACGUAGUGAUUGUCUCUGGAGAAACAGUCACAAACGUCAACAUGUCAGCUGGAGUAAACAGGGCGACAUGUACUGCAGAGACAACAACUAUUCACACUCACAUUAACACCUGAGGUCAUUGUAGAGUGAACUAUUAACCCCAUCUGUACGGUUCUGGGCUGUUGAAGAGAACCCGAGAACCCAGAGAAACCCACAGACACACAGGGAUAACAUGCAAACUCCAAACAAGGAGAGUGGGGAUUGAACCAGCAAACCGGUGAUCUUCCUGUAAGGCAAGAGCAAUUAUCGCUUUGGCCACUAUGUGGCCCCUAAAUGAAAUGAAUUUCAAACAAUACAGGAAUGUGGAGCUGAAGACAUGUGCUCUGCCUCAGACUGCCUUGCUCAACUGCCAUGUCAUCAGGUACUGUAGAUGCAAUAAGACAUCAUCAACCCUGUUAGGACAUUAAAAUGAGAUUUAUUACACGGCUCUGAGUUCUGAACAUUUUUAUAUGAAUAAUAUGGGGGAAAAAAACAACAGAAAAGAGAAACCAAGAAAAUAAACAGAGAACAGUGAUGUUGAAAGAGUACUGUGACUAAAAAGGACAAAAACAACUCGUCCAACAGAGAACUGUCUUCCUGCUGCAUCUCUAAAAUACUGCACAGAAUGACUCCACAGUAUCUGACAUAUAGUAUUUGUGAAUACUUCUUCAUUCUACUUCCUGGCCUGUCACAUAGACAUAUUUAAAAGUUUUAAUCCUUUUUUGUCAGUUUUUUAUGCAUAACAUACUUUUUUAUAUAUGCUGUCUGUGAAUAUUGUGUUGAAUAUGUAGAGUUUCUGUGUUCAGACCAAACUGUAAUUUAUUUCUUAAUUUUAUAUCUGUAUUUUUUUUACUGUUUCUCUUUAUUUAAAUAAAAUAAAAAUCUAAGUCUAAAAAAAUCUAUUUUAUCUUUUCCAGUUUUGUAGUAAUAUAAUUUAAAAAAAAGAUUUGACAUGUUUAAGCCUCUAUGAUAUAAUAAUAAUAAUAAUAGUUUUUUCUUAACAUUCUGUACAGUGACAUAAACUGUAAGGAGUGAGUCAAAAUGAUCUAACACAGAUGUCAUAACUGUGUAAAUGUUUCGACUUUUUUCAGACUAGUUUCUCCUCAGGCUGUGUUGCACUUCUUUAAUCAGGUUUUUCACCUAUCAAAAAUGAAACAUAAUAAAUUUAAAUUACUGAAACUUUACAACAAAUAUUCAUCUGUGGCCAUUGAUUUAUUUAUAUUUAACCGAAAGAACAUCUAAGAAGAAAACUUGUUUCUUUUUUAGAUGAGGUAAAGAAGCAGGAUGCAGCUCGGAUUCUUUCAUGAAUAACAACUUGUAUGUUUGAAGACAUCAACAUAUUUUAAAGCUACUACGGUAUAUUCAGGCUUUACAAUUGUGUCCUCACCUGUUUAAAGUGAUGCUUCACCUCUACACUUCAUACCUGAAAAAAUGUAUAUAGCAAGAAAUCAUUACUUACAACCUCUAUGCAUUUAUAGUUAGGAACUAAAAUAAUUUCAUAUACUGUAUUCUCUAUUUUUAAAGUUUGACAAAGCAGUUCUAGAAAUCCUUACAUAUACUUUUACAUAAUCUUAACUCAGAACUUCAUAACUUCUUAACUUAAAUCCCUUCUGUGUGACAUAAAAACCUUGACCAAAACUCUUGCAUCACAGUGUGUAGAAAGCUUUACAACAUUUCUACAUUCAAGACAGAUA